CUGUUAAUAUCCGGCAUCGACCUGAUGAGGGUACUCUACAUUGCCACGCAUUUCUUACAUAAUGUUUAUUAUCUCCUUUCUCUCUAUUAGCUAAAUUAGAAAGUUGUCACUAAAUUGGUACAGUUUUCUGUAAUAUUUCGAAUAUUUCGUUAAGCAUCAAAGAUCAAGGUUAGGUUAACAUGAAUUUUACAAAAAAAACUAUAAAAGUAUCUAUUAAACCUUGCAAGUGUAAAGUCCGCUAUAUGUCGUCAAGUCAGUGAACUAAUAGACUACAUGACAGUACAAAAUUUUUAAUGUUAUCGCAACUCGCGAGAUAUAUAAAUUCAGUGUAAAUAAUUGUGUUAUUCAAACAGUGCGGCGUAUUAUUGUUAUGAAAAUGUCACAUCUAUUGAAAAAUUUUCCACCAGGCCCUUUAGACCUUUAUAGGAAAAGGGCGUCAUUCGAUUGGAAAAGAUUAAAAGUUUUUCUAGAAACUGAAGAAAUCGUCAAGUAUCAAAAUGAACUUUUCGAGGUACUGAAAAAUCACCCAGAGUACCAACACGACCUACUCUCCCAGUCGUUCGAGGAACAGCGGCGUAUUGCAAUGAGACGAGCCCUUGCUUACGCCGACAUAGACCUCUUAUCCGUCCCCAAACUAAUCGAAAAUGUUAAAACAGGCGCCGUCAUGACCAGAACCAUGAUGCAAUUGAGCCCAUCCGCCACCGUCAAGUACUCAGUGGGCAAGGGUUUAUUCACCAACGUUAUAAGAAGCCAAGGGACUGAAAGACACUACGACAUCUUAGAUUUAGCAGAGCGUGGCGAGAUCCAUGGGUGUUUCUGCCUUACGGAAAUCGGCCAUGGAACCAAUACCAAGGGCAUGCGAACUUGUGCCACUUACGACAAAAACACCCAACAGUUCGUCCUCCACACACCUGAUUUCGAAGCAGCGAAGUGUUGGGCGGGCUCAUUGGGUCAGAUGGCAUCGCAUGCCGUUGUCUAUGCCCAAUUAUAUGUCGAUGGUGUACACCACGGACUCCACACUUUUGUGGCACCCAUCAGAGACCCUAAGACAUUACUACCAUAUCCCGGAAUUAUAGUAGGGGACAUGGGUGAAAAGAUCGGUCUCAAUGGGAUCGACAAUGGUUUUUUGAGUUUUGAUAACUACCGCAUUCCGCGUGAAAACCUUCUGAGUAAAAACGCCGAUGUGACCCCUGAAGGCAAGUACGUUACGAGGUUUAAGAACCCAAAGGAUCGACAUGGGGCUGCUUUGGGGGCCCUGUCUAUAGGUCGUGUUAAUAUAACCGGAAUUUGUGAAAGUUACGCCACGAAGGCGCUCACGAUUGCGAUUAGGUAUGCAGCUGUGAGAAAACAGUUUGGGCCAGAGGGCGAGGAAGAAGUUCCAAUUUUGGAAUAUCAGUCACAUCAACACCGGCUUUUGCCGUACUUGGCUGCUGUUUAUGUCUUGAGGGUGUUUAGUAACUACAUUUCUGAGACGAAUUAUCAAUUCACUAUUGACUCAGUUUUGAAUCAGAAUAAGGAGUCUUUGGGCGACCUGGGGAUGGAGAUCCAUGUGAUUUCAUCGGCUUGUAAACCCGUCGCGGGUUGGUUAGCACGUGACGUGAUCCAGGAGUGCAGGGAGGCUUGUGGGGGCCACGGGUAUUUGAAAAUAGCCGGAAUUGGGGAUAUCAGAAAUGACAAUGAUGCUAAUUGCACAUACGAAGGCGAAAAUCACGUGUUAAUUCAACAGACCAGCAACUGGUUGAUCAAACUGUGCUCCGAAAUUGAAAGAGGGGCCAAAAUUGAGACUCCUCUGCAAUCGGCCAACUUCCUGACAAAUGCUUCUCAAAUACUCAAACAUAAAUUUGCUGCUAAUAGUUUAGAUGAGGUUUAUCGGCCUGAUACCAUCAUAGAUGCCUAUCAAUGGCUGGUAUGUUAUCUUUUAAAACAAACAAAGAACAAGUUGGACACUCUAAUGAAACAAGAAGGCGAGUUUUGGGCUAAAAAUAAUACUCAAGUGUAUUACGCAAAAAGCCUGGCAAUCGCCUUUAUUCAGCACUUCUUCUUGCAACGAAUGUUGGUUGUUAUAAAUCAAGCAAACGACGCUGAUAAUAAGAGAAUCCUUUCAAAACUGUUCUCUUUGUACGGGUUGUGGAGCCUAGAGAAGUUUUUGGCAACUUUGUAUGAAGGGGGGUACACCCAGGGCCCGAAAGCCACUCAUUUAAUCCAUGAAGGUGUUUUAACACUUUGUCAUGAGAUUAAAGACGAUGCAGUCUCUCUGAUUGACGUAAUAGCGCCUCCUGAUUUUAUCUUGAAUUCGGUUUUGGGGGCUUCCGAUGGGCGGGUUUAUCAAAGGCUACAAUCGGCGAUCUUUCGGUCACCUCAUGCCAUGAGUAGGCCGAAAUGGUGGCGAGAACUAGUUCAUUGGAACGCCGAUUUCAAGAAUAAAUUGUGAUAAGUGGGUUGUUGUCAAAUGGUUUUUUUUGUUGUGGAACUUUAUAUAUUUUAUUUUUAUAACAAUAUAAUAUGAAAGAAUAAAUACUUUUGUAAUAA